AUGUUUCGCGACAGGCAGAGGCGUAAACCGGCUAAGGAGCUCAAAGUGGAUGAUGAAUAUCAGUAUAACUGGAGUGAAAUCGCCGCAUUUGAACUGCAAGGUGAGGGAAUCCGGACCACACAGAAUCCUUUGGAGAUGGGAAAUUGGUCAGACAACGUUUUGCAUUUGACUGAGAGCACAAGAGGUUUUGUACGGGUCAGCAUACUUGGAGUGACUCAUGGUACAUAUGGGGAUGGGCCAUCUUCUACUCAUGUGACACUUUAUGUCCUUGGGAUCAGGGUGUAUGGUGCAAAGAAAAUGAAAGUAAAAGGGAUAAGUCUGAAGAUGCAAUUUGAAAAUGAAGGGGAGGGAGAAGCUGAAACCCCCAACUUACCAAUGAUCAUAAAGACUUACCCUGAAAAGUAUACCGGUACUGCCUCUGUUGAGGAUGUCAAAGAGAAAUAUAACAUCAGUCUAAGUGUGGGUGGGAUACCCCACUUUCCAUUGACUUUAAGUGCAGGACGAGGCAAGACUAUACAUUACAAAACCAAAUCCCAGGUGACGGUUGAAACAGCAAGUGCAAAGUCCAAACAUCAUGAGGAUCCAAAUGACAAGAGUCUUCUCCGGGCUUCAAUCAUCGCGCCUGAAAAGGAGGAAGUACCAUCGAUGAAUCUCGGCCUCCUGGUGAGGGAGAGCAAGAAACGUUCAGUGAUCCUUACUGCUAGUGGCAUAAUCUACUAUAGAUCAAGGCUGGCUCCUUUAUUUGGGGGACGCUCUGAGAGUAAAUACCCACGCAUAGUUCACCCCGACACUCACCGCUGGAGUGACAGUUUACCCCCUAUUCCUGGUCCGGAUUUCAAGAAGAUGACCCCAACUGACUGGGACACUUUGUGCGGAUUGAGCAAGACUGAGGAAUCCAGUGCAACCAAGAAAGGGAGUGACGGAGAAGAAGCGGGAGGAGAAGAAGUAGACUCAGUGAGUGAAUCGGGCGAAGGCAAUGGAUCAGAAGGAGCGGAUGAGACAGAGGAGGAGGAGGAGCCAACGGCAACGGCAACGGCAACCAUGGAAGUACCAGCAACGCUCAACCGAAAUCCAUGGGAAGAGAUCUACAAGAUAGUGAAGCCCAGCCCAGGACCUGAAGCACCGUAUACCGAUACCCUCAACCACGUUCAGAGUUUGCCCAUUGAUUGA